AUGGCAUUCAAUAUUUGGCUCAAAAUAGGUGCGAACGAAUUAUCAGAGAUCAUGGAGAUUGUACAAAUGCUUCACAAUGCUUCGCUGCUUGUUGACGACAUCGAGGAUAACUCAGUCCUGCGACGUGGUCUCCCCGUCACGCACCAUAUUUACGGCACUCCACGGACUAUCAAUACGGCCAAUUAUGUGUAUUUCAUAGCGCUAGAAAAAUGUACGCGACUAUCCCAUGAGGCUGUACGGAUAUUUGCAGAACAAAUGCUAGAGUUGCAUAGAGGUCAAGGCAAAGAGUUGUUUUGGAGAGAUACCGUGACAUGCCCAACCGAAGCAGAAUAUGAAGAAAUGGUUGUUCAAAAAACUGGCGGAUUAUUCUUUCUCGCCGUGAAGCUAAUAGAGUUAUUCAGUGACAGUCAAUAUGAUUUUCGCAAGUUGCUACGACAGAUGGCCUUGUUCUUUCAAAUACGAGAUGAUUAUAUGAAUCUGGUCUCGGACGAAAUGGCGAAGCAAAAAUCGUUUGCAGAAGAUCUCACUGAAGGGAAAUUCUCAUUUCCCAUCAUUCAUGCGAUACGAAGCUCUCCGGUGUCCAGCAACGAUGACCCCGUGCUAAACAUCCUGCGUCAGCGAACUGAAGACGUAGAAGUGAAGAAAUAUUGCAUCAAACUUAUCAAAGAACGGCACUCUCUUGACUAUACAUUAUCCCGGCUUCGAAAAAUUAGUGCUGACAUCCGAUCGGAAAUCAAGAACCUUGGAGGUAACAGUAAGUUGGAAGAUGUAAUGGAUCUCCUCGAACGUGGUAUUGUAAAUUGA